AACUGUGACUAGAGCCACAACGACUGGAGGCACAACGACUGGUGCCUCAACGACUGGAGCCACAACGACUGGAGCCACAACGACUGGAGGCACAACGACUGGUGCCACAACGACUGGAGCCACAACGACUGGAGCCACAACGACUGGAGGCACAACGACUGGUGCCACAACGACUGGAGCCACAACGACUGGAGCCACAACGACCGGAGGCACAACGAUUGGUGCUACAACGACUGGAGCCACAACGACUGGAGCCACAACGACUGGAGCCACAACGACUGGAGCCACAACGACUGGAGCCACGACGACUGGAGCCACAACUGUGACUAGGGCCACAACGACUGGAGGCACAACGACUGGUGCCUCAACGACUGGAGCCACAACGACUGGAGCCACAACGACUGGAGCCACAACGACUGGAGCCUCAACGACUGGAGCCUCAACGACAGGAGCCACAACGACUGGAGCCACAACGACUGGAGACACAACUGUGACUAGAGCCACAACGACUGGAGGCACAACGACUGGUGCCUCAACGACUGGUGCCUCAACGACUGGAGCCACAACGACUGGAGGCACAACGACUGGUGCCACAACGACUGGAGCCACAACGACUGGAGCCACAACGACUGGAGGCACAACGACUGGUGCCACAACGACUGGAGCCACAACGACUGGAGCCACAACGACUGGAGCCACAACGACUGGUGCCACAACGACUGGAGGCACAACGACUGGAGCCACAACGACCGGAGGCACAACGACUGGUGCUACAACGACUGGAGCCACAACGACUGGAGCCACAACGACUGGAGCCACGACGACUGGAGCCACAACUGUGACUAGGGCCACAACGACUGGAGGCACAACGACUGGAGGCACAACGACUGGUGCCUCAACGACUGGAGCCACAACGACUGGAGCCUCAACGACAGGAGCCACAACGACUGGAGCCACAACGACUGGAGGCACAACUGGGACUAGAGCCACAACGACUGGAGGCACAACGACUGGUGCCUCAACGACUGGAGCCACAACGACUGGAGCCACAACGACUGGAGACACAACGACUGGUGCCACAACGACUGGAGCCACAACGACUGGAACCACAACGACUGGAGGCACAACGACUGGAGCCACAACGACUGGAGCCACAACGACUGGAGCCACAACGACUGGAGCCACAACGACUGGAGCCACAACGACUGGAGCCACAACGACUGGAGGCACAACGACUGGUGCCACAACGACUGGAGCCACAACGACUGGAGCCACAACGACUGGAGCCACAACGACUGGAGCCACAACGACUGGAGGCACAACUGGCAUGACCACCAGUCUCUCUCCAACUACAACUGGAGGACCUACAACAGCGCUAACGACGACCACAACUGCUGUUGCACCCCGUCCAUCUGUAGUAGUUGUUCUUGUAGCAAUAGUGUUGGUGCCGUUCGAACCAGAGCUCACUGACCCAAAUAGUGAAGAAUUUUCUGAGCUUGCUCAAUUGAUUUUAAUCGUGUACGAUACGACCUUCAGAGCGAGAUACAACACAUACAGUCGCUGUGUCGUCAGACGCUUCAGACUAAGUACACGAGUAACGCGAAAUGAUGAGGUGGAGUCGGAUGUGGACAUUGAGUUUGUCAACACAGAGACGUCGGAGGAAAUUCCGAGUUCGGACGAAAUAGUGACAAAUUUAAGGACGGAUUUGGAGAAUCCAGACAACAACUUCACUUUAUCGUUUGAUACUAACUCUCUCGUCAUCACUGAGAGAAAUGUAACAACGACAACUGCUGCACCAGCAACUGCACCCAUCGAGGCACUCACAUUACAACGCUUGACAUUCCGAUCCGCCGGCGAGGAGUUCACGACAGACUUGCUAGAUUCGUCUUCCCCUGCGUUCCAAAGUCGCGCCACCCUCAUUGGGACGACAUUUCAGCCUAUCUACCAAGGAUUAUUUUCUUCAUUCCGAUCUGUGACCGUGGUUUCAUUCAGUAAUGGCUCCAUCAUCAACAACUUAGACUUGAGUUUUGCAUCUGCGUCGGUGCCAAGCAGCACCGCAAUUGCCAAUGUUUUGAUCAACGCUGCCCCGGACAUCAAUGCCUUCAACGUGGACACCUCGUUCAUUUUUGUGAAUGGCGCUCAAGUUUCCAGCGGAGCGAGCCACAAGACAAGCAUCAUCACUGCAUCCUGUCUCGCGCUGUUGCCAUGGAUACUAUCUAACCAAUAAUAGUAGCAUUGUUGCGUUCCUGUCAAAUAAGUUUAACGAUACACACUUCAUUAUAGAUCAAUAAAACUCUUUAUUGUCAUAACAUCCUGACUUUGAUAUAACUUUAUUUCCUGUUAUCAACUCUAAUUAUGGCUUUUACUGCCAUCAAAUGUAGAUGUUAUCAUUACUGUUACAAUUGUAUUUCUAAAUCUGAUUCCGAUAUUUAGAUUUUAUCAUCACAAAUGAUUUUUCUUGAUAAAUUACUUUUUUUAAAUUAUUUAAAUAUUGUUUUGCCAUGACGUGUGCAUUGACAGCUCAAGCAUGUUAUAUGGACCAUAGCAUUGUAUUGUAUUUUAUUUAAGUGCACUUAAAUUAUUAUGAAUAUAUAAUAGAAUAAAAUAUUUGAAAAAUUG